AUGUUGUUCGAAUGGUCCAAUCAGUUGAAUAAAAGAUUUGGAUUUUUGGCUAACAACGCAGUGCAUUGGAUGGCUUUUAAAAGUCCCCAAUCGGGUAAGGAAAACCUUGCUGGUUUCGAUCUUGCGAGCGAGGAAUUCCGCUCCGUUGAAUUGCCGGAUUUUUGUUUAGAUGAGCCAUUCUGGUUUGGCAUAGGAACCAUGGGAGGUUACCUUUGUUUGAGUGCAGUUCAUGGGGAAUUAGGUGAUAUUGUGGCUGAUGUAUGGAUAAUGAAGGAAUAUGGGGUUAAAGAAUCUUGGAGUAAAUUGAUAUCAUGGAACCAACCGCACUAUAUUCCAUCUGUAGUAGUACCUUUGGCAUUUUCAAAAAAUGGUAAGAAAGUUUUAUUCAACAUUGGAUACCAGUGGUUUAGUUUCGACGAAAGGGACAGGUUUGUGAGGUAUGAUGUGGGAAGCGAGAGGGUUGAGAAUGUUGAGAUUAAAGGCCUUCCAAGCUCAUUUGAUGUGCACUUGUAUGUUGAGAGCCUUGUCCCCCUUAAUAGUAAUGCUCAACAAUGA